GGUGGAAACUACAGAACUACCACCCUGUAAGAGAGGGAGGAGGAGGAGGGUCUCGCUUGAUGCUAGUGUGGACCGAUCAAAGUUCAGUAGCACCUACAGAUGGAGAAAGCUUCUUCACUUUGGCUGCUCUUUUCAACCUCACUGCUGAUCUGCACAACAAACCAAGCUCGUCUGACUGUGAGUCCCAGCAGCUCUCAGUUCUUUAAAGGAGACUUUGUGUCUCUGAGCUGUGAGGAGGACGACAGCUCUGCUGGAUGGACUCUGAGGAGAAACACAAGCAGAGACACCGGAGCUGAGUGUGGAGAUGAGUGGGGAAGAUCAUCUGGUUCUUCCUGUAACAUCAGCUACAUCGACCCUUUGGACAGUGGAGUUUACUGGUGUGAGUCCAGAGAGGGUCCCAUCAGUAACAUGGUUAACCUGACAGUCACUGGUGGAUCAGUGAUCCUGCAGAGUCCUGUCCUCCCUGUGAUGGAGGGAGAUGAUGUCACUCUGCUCUGUAAAACAAAGACCACUCCCUCCAACCUCCCAGCUGCUUUCUAUAAAGAUGGCUCCCUCAUCAGGAAGCAGCCUACAGGUCACAUGACCAUCCAGCAUGUUUCCAGGUCUGAUGAAGGCCUCUACAAGUGUGACAUCAGCGGUCAUGGAGAGUCUCCAUCCAGCUGGAUCACUGUCACAGGCAAACCUACAAACACAACCCUGGCCCCUGACCCCUCCUCCCCCCACCUUGUGUCCAGAGUUUUCCUCCACCUGGUGGUGUUCUGUCCAUAUUUCAUCUCCACUGUACUUAUGGUAUCUUUAUAUCGAUGGAGAGUCACAGGAAGUGACCUUAUCCCUGUGGUAACAGCACCACCCACCCAAGCUAGGGAGAGACUGGCUGAAGACUGUGAUGACAUUGUUAGCGUGAUCACUGAGCAUCACUUCUGAGUUCCUGUUUAAUCUGUCAGAUUGUGGUCGUCACAUCUCUGUUAUUGAACAACGUGCGACACCACAGAUUUAAACUGGAAUUUUAUGCUUUAAUAAUAAAUAAAUACAUGAAGAAAACAUGGACCAGUCAAAGACUCGAUGGUAGUAAUGGAAGUUUAAUGGAUUUAAAACACUCACUUUUAUGUAAUCAUACUCUAUCAUACUAUCUAUCUAUCAUACUGUCAAAAGAUUCAAACAUUGUGUAAUAAAACAUGUGACAGUGUGUGAAACACCUGCACCUCCACAUUCUGCUCACAUGUUCAUGUUAAACAGGAAACUGAUCGACUACAGUGUUGUGAGCAUCUGUUAACCACAGGCUAAAAGACUGGUGGUCCUGCAAGAACACCACCCACUGCUACCUUUCAUCUGCAAACACACACUGACUGCAGGGUGGGCAUUUAGAAACUCUGGUUCAGUUUAUGUCAUUAAGGUGGGCAGUUAAAACUGAACCUGGUGUUGUGUGCUAUGAAUUUAAAUUAAAUUACAAUCCAGGAUUCUGUUCAGACCUUUUCUUAGUUGGUUUCUGUAUGAUUACAAUCUCAGGUUUUCUCAGUUUUAGUUUUUGUUACCUUUUCCAAUAAAG